AUAUCCACAACCCUCUCUUCAUCUCUCUCUCUCUGCUUUUUUCUUGCUCACUCUCUCUUUUCCGUUCCGUCCGUUCUUUCCCUUUGCAAAUUUUCGGUUUCAAGAAGGAGCGAAAAGGCGAGGAACCAAGAACAGAAACCCGUAUAUUCACGAUUAGGGUUUCUCUUUGGGAAUGUGAUUCAUCGACCAACACAGAAGAACAAAAAAUCAAUGGCGGAUAAGAGACUCGGCGUGAUAGGGUACGCGCUGGCGCCGAAGAAGCAGAACAGCUUCAUCCGCGACUCAUUGUUGAGCACGGCGAAAUCGCGCGGAAUCGAGCUCGUACGCGUGGACACGGAGCGAAACCUGGCGGAUCAGGGGCCGUUCGAUUGCGUCUUGCACAAGCUCUACGGCGACGAAUGGAAGCAACAGCUGAAGGAAUUCAAGGUUCGGAACCCGAAUGCGGUGGUGCUCGACGCUCCGGAAGCGAUUGAGAGGCUCCACAACCGGAUAUCGAUGCUGCAGGUGGUGUCAGAGCUGAAGAUCGAGGACCGGAGCGAAACCUUCGGGAUCCCCAAGCAGAUUGUGAUAUACGAUAAGGAAACCCUAAUGGAUCGUCAGGCGUGGGAGUUCUUGAAGUUUCCGGUGAUAUCGAAGCCGUUGGUGGCGGACGGAAGCGCGAAGUCGCACAAGAUGGCGUUGGUGUUCAGCCGCGACGCGCUGAAUAAGCUGAAGCCGCCGAUCGUGCUGCAGGAGUUCGUGAACCAUGGGGGCGUGAUCUUCAAGGUGUAUGUUGUUGGGGAACACGUGAGGUGCGUGAAGAGGAAGUCGCUGCCUGACGUGUCGGAGGAGAAGGCGUUGGGCGGCGUUUCGGAGGACUUGUUGUCGUUUUCUCAGGUGUCCAAUUUGGGUGAGAUGAUUGACGACGACAAGUAUCACGAGUUGAUGAUGCAUUUGGACGACACCGAGAUGCCCCCGCAGGGUUUCAUCGUUAACAUAGCCAGGGGUUUGAGACAAGCGAUGAAGUUGAACCUUUUUAAUUUUGAUGUGAUAAGGGAUUCUAGAUAUGGGAACCGCUACCUUAUCAUUGAUAUCAAUUACUUCCCUGGGUAUGCCAAAAUGCCGGGUUACGAGACCGUGUUGACAGAGUUUUUCUGUGAUAUAAUGUGUCAGAAACAGCAAGAAGAACAAGUGGAAGACGGUCCGGUGCCCAGUAGUGACCAAGAUAUGACCUAGAUUCUAAGCAAUACUUGUUGUGGUGAUGGGGAUGGGGGUAACCUUCCUCUUUCGCCUAAAGUGAAAGAGAAAUCUGUUCCAAGUCUAAAAUAAUUGUGACCAGCCAAUGUGCUUCUCAUUCUGUCGGUGUCUUUAGUGGGUGGCUUUUGGGUAACCAAGAAUUUGCUCAGUGGACCCAUUUGCCAAAUUGGUGGGUAGGCACGAGUUGCGCAUACCGUUUUGGUAGCAAUUAGUACAGUGGUAAAACCAGUAGGGUUGUUUGUGGCUAGUUUUUAACCUCAUAACAACAUGUAUAUUCCAUCCACCAUUGCUCUGGAGAUGGGUACCUUUGCAAAUACACUGAAGGUUUUGGAAAGUUGUAUUUUGAGGCUUAGUUUCAUUCUAGAAACUGCUUUACUUUGUGCCUUUGGUUUUUAACCCAAUGCCUUUAUUCUCCAUUUCCCCAAAUUCUAUUCUCAUUUUGG